AUGCCCUCUUUGUUGAGAUUCUGGCGACAUACUAUUGGGAUCCCUCUCGAAGCAGCGUACGGAUGCACCGAGUUGGGAGGGCCUACCACGAGGACUGAUAGCUCUUGCGACCGGGAACUCAAGUUCAGUAUCGGAAAGCCAUCACCAGGUGUAGAAUUGAAGCUCUCGGAAGGGAGCGAAGGUGAGAUUCUCAUGAAGAGUUCGCUAUUGUUCUCUGGUUAUCUUGGUGAUGAGGCCAAGACUAAAGAAAGUAUGACGGCGGACGGAUUCUUCAAGACCAGUGACUACGCUCGGCGUGUUGGUGAUGAAUAUGUCAUGGAAGGCCGAGUGUCGACCGACUGCUUUGAUGGUAAUCUUGCGAUUAUACGCGAUGCUCUCUCAGAGGAUCUAGCCCUGUACAACCUUCCCACAGCACUUCGAGUGUUGGCCCCAGGUGAAGUCAUCCCAGCGACGGAUGCAGGGAAGGUUGUUCGACAAAAUGUUGUACAGCAGUAUUUUACACCAACAGGUGACUAUGAACUUGCACCAAGCGUGGAGGUAUGGGAUCUAAGUCAGAAACAACAGAAAGCUAAGGCAUGGGAUUGGAAUGGAGUGCAACUAAGUCCGCAGGGGUUACAAAUCUGUUAUAGAGGUGCCUAA